AGGCUUGUGGGUGCCGCCAUGAUGCCCCAGCUGCUGGCUCUGCUCUGCACUGUUGACUCAGAUGGUUAUGCUGCUGCGUUCAGAGAGAAAUUUGAGAACUCAUCAUUUCUGGAACUUACCACGGCUGUGUGCUGGCCAAGGAAGCAGGGGGACCAACGAGUCCCUUCCCAAGCCCUCCCUCAGGGCCUGGCCCAGCUCGGUGAUGCCUCACUGGAGUAACGUGACGCUGCAAUGCCAGACUUCUACCAAGAAUGCCAACUUUGUUCUCAGCAAGGGAAAAGUUCCUUUGGAGUCUGGGCAAUCAUGGAUUUCCACAGAUGGGCCGGCUGAAUUUCACCUCACUGACCUACAAUUCAGCAAUGCUGGAAAGUACACCUGUGAGUACUACAGACGGGGGGCCCCGAGCACACGUUCACAGCCCAGUGACGUCCUCCUACUACUGGUGACAGGAAAUUUUCCUAAACCUUCCCUGCAAGCCCACCAAAGGGGUGAGGUGACCGCAGGAGACACCGUGACCCUAUGCCAGACGGCAGCCAAUGUUUACGAGACUAUAAUGUUUGCUCUACUGAAGGCGGGAGCAGCAGGGCCCGUUCAGCUCCAGGGUCCAGUAGAGAAGGAGACGGACUUCUCCCUCCAGAAUGCGACAGCUGGUGACACCGGGAACUACAGCUGUGUGUACUUCCAGACCAGCGCUCCUUUCUGGGCCUCCAAGCCCAGCAAUCAUCUGGAGAUCCGGGUGACAGAUAAAACUGAAACAAAGCGUCCCAAGACGGUGGGAACAGGAAUAGGGACCCCUGGGAUCACCCUCAUUGUCAUCUCUAUCUUUCUCGUCCUCCUUGGAGCCUUCCUCAUCUGCAAAUACACCCGGUGUGGGGCAGCUCCUGAGAAGGUGACCAAACGCUCCCACUCUGAGGGACCUGAAGAAGUGAGGACUUGUACUCAGCCUGAGAAAGAAAGCGGUGAUCCGUCCGCAGCUAUGACGAGCAGCUCUCCGGCCUCGGAUAGAGCAGCCCUGGUCUCAAGAGCUGAGGAGCCCCACGGAGUGACUUAUGCUGAGCUGAACACCAGAGCCCUGAGCAAGGGUCCCUCCAGCCAGGCGGAGCAGCCUCUGGAAGCCUGUGUGUACUCGACCCUUAAGGCAUAGCCAGGGGACCCCAACAAGGGGACGGACGAAGGAAAGAGGACCCUUGAGGCACUCGGUGAAUGGGAAUCCCUUUCCUCAAAUCUCCAAUGAAGACUUGUUUCCUUCUUCUAAAAAUUUAUUUAUUUUUAAAUGAGAGGCAUCAUUUGCAUAGAGAAAACUGCACAAACUUUGCUAAGUAAAAAGAUAUGUAUAUAUAUGGGAUAUCGCUACCUAUCCCCUUGGGUAUAACCACCGUCCAAAUAAAAACAGUAUUUCUAGCACUCCAGAAGGCUUCUUUGUGCCACUCUCUGGCUAACCACCCUUCCCCCGAGAUCAUUCCUUUUUCUGACGUGCAUCACCUUGGAGGACUUGGGCCCGUUCCUCGCAUGAACUCACACCACGCACGACACCACGUGCAUUCUUCCACGUGGGCUGCUUCCACGCGAAGACGUUGUUUCUGAGGUUCAUUCCGGAUGUAGUUACUCGCAUUGUACCUCCUUCCCUUUUUACUGAUGAGUAUUACUCCACCGUGUGUUCAUGCCGCAGUUUGUUGAUCGGUUCUCUGGUGGGACGCUCGGGUUGUUUCCAGGCUGAGGCUUCUGUGGGUCAGCUUGCACGAACGCUCUUAGCUACGUCUUUGUACGUACAGGUGCGUACGCAGGCCUUUCCCUGGAUUAUACACACGGGGGCGGCUGGGUCAAAGAACAGGUGUGUGCUUCAUUCCAUGAGACACUUCUGAACAAUCUCCCAGAGGGGUUGUCCCACUUCCUGCUUCCUUCUUCACAAGUGCCCAGUGCCUUUCUUGACUGCCUCCCUUCUGCUCCCACUCCCUUCUCUCCGCAGAACUGCCUCCAUGACCCCACACACGUUUGUGGGCUUGAUGAGCCUCCACUGUGGCCUGUGACCGCCAAUCAUUCUCACUCCUGGUAUCUGUGCCCCUGUGUGAUCCCCUCCCCUGGUUUCGGAGACUUGCUCCUAACUGACAGAAGACAGCAAAGGAGACGGGAUGUCACUUCAGCAGUCGUGUUGAUAAAGGAUACACCCACCACCUGGCCAGCAGGCUCCUUCCUGCCUUCUUGGAUUGUGCACUCACACGAUGACGUGAGCUCCCCGUUUUGGAGAAGCCCCCUGGGCCAGGAACCGAGAAGAGUCUCUAGCCAGGGAGGAACCGACUCCUGCCAGCACGCAUGUGGGCCUGCAUUGUAUAAUAAAGAAGUGGGCUGGUCUUUGUCCUUGGUUCUUGGGAGGUAAUCUUGACGCGACGUGCGUGGAACCUCUCGCAUGGCAGAAGCAUCUUCGUUCUUUGCAGUGGGCGCUUCGUACCACACCCGGGUUUAUGUCAGUGAGGUGACCCAGGAUGAGGGCUGGUGAUGCCAGGAAGACCAACCCUGUAAUCACAGCCUUGACCUCUGAGGAUGACAGGGGGCUGGAGACAGAGUUGGGCAUGUGGGCAAUGAUUCAAUCAAUCACAUCUGUGAGAGGAAAUCCUGAUGAAAACUGGGGACAUUCGGGGAGCUUGCCUGCUGGUGAUGCAUCGUGAGGACAUAGGAAGCUUCGCUUUGGGGGCUCUCCCAGACUCUCCCCUGUGUGUC